AUUCAACAAUCAUCUCCUAAAGCCAUCCCAAACAACUGGGCGAACCUUCACCAAUACCGCGUCAACUACCCCUAGCAGCAUCUAUGAUACGAUCGAGAGUAUGAAACCAAUACGUCCGCCACUGCUCUUGAAGAGCAGAAUAGCCCCGCCGUCCCCCUCCCGUGUCAUAUCUACAACCACGAGCAAUGUGCGACCAAAGACGGCAAUAUUCUUCCCCGGUUUGCCUUCAUCCCGGCCAUCCCCCAAUGCGGAAGGAGAUUAAGAAAGGCUAAUGAUACCAGGCCAAGGUUCACAAAAGCCGGGAAUGCUGACCCCUCUCACGAAAGCCUUCCCGAGGACCGUCAUCCCACUUUUGGACCAACUCGACGACUUCUUGCCCGGCCUGCGCCCCGUGCUUUUUGACGGCCCAAGCACAUAUCUAACCGAGACGCCCAACGCCCAGCCCGCAAUUCUCAUCUCGUCCAUUGCCAUCCUCCGCGUGCUCGAGAAAGACUUCGGUGUCGAUCCCGCAAAGUUCGACUACUUCUUCGGCCACUCCCUAGGAGAAUUCACAGCGCUCGUCGCAGCCGGAAUAAUCUCCCUGCAAGACGCACUCCAGCUUGUCCGCCAACGCGGGGUGAGCAUGGCUGCAGUGACAGCAAAAAGCGAAAGUGAAGUGGGCAUGUUUGCGCUCAUCGUGGAAAGGGGUCAGGUGAAAAACCUUGAGCAGCAGAUCAGGGAAUUCAUCGACAGCGAAGCGCUCGGCGAGGACGAGUUCCUCAGCAUCGCCAACGUCAAUUCUUCGACGCAAUUGGUCAUCAGCGGCCAUGUGAGCGCCAUCAUGAAUUGUGUCAAUCAGAUACGAAAGUUCAAGGGCAAUGAUCCGAGGGCUGUCAGGCUGAAUGUUUCAGCACCGUUUCACUCUGGAAUCAUGGCGCCGGCAAUGUCGGUUGUUCGUAGGAUGUUGCGAGAGAUUGAUAUGAAUGAGGAUAAUGUUAGCAAAGUCGUUUCUAAUGUCAGCGGACGGCCGUAUAGGCAUUUAAUAGAGAUGCAAGAGAAUCUUUCACGGCAGUGUGUUGAGACUGUGCGAUGGAAGGAUAGUGUCGAGUGGUUGGAGAAGAAAUGUGGGGUGGAUAGGUGGGUAGGUAUUGGCCCGGGCAGGGUGCAGACUAAUCUCGUGGGGCAGGAAGUGAAGGGCGGGAGGGGGAGUGUUGUCGCGGUGGAGGGUAUGGAUGUCCAGGGGAUGGAAGAUGCUGCGAAGGCUCUCGGUGACCUGUAGGGGUCAGUGUAUGGGGUAGGGGUUGGAUACCUUCGGGAUAUACGGCACUGAGGCGUUAAGAUUACAGGAUUCUAUCAUAAGAUGGUCAGGUUAAAGCAAAAUGUAUAAUAGCUAAGACUUCAGUGUUUUUUUGUGUAAUUCCCUUAAUAAUACCCUCUCGUACAAAUGGCUCCCCUAGCUGGAAGAAGGCAGUGACUUAUAGGUUUCGGCUAUUGAGAUAAUGUAAUUCACGUGAUAUCACUCGAUAUUCCUGAACCUUAUUGUCGUAUCCAACGGGCACCGCUAUUCGAGCGCAUACCUCCAUCUCACGGAACACAUGAUUUGGUAUCUCAUGAAGUUUUGCAUCUGAGGCAUAUACUUGGAAAGCCCCCGUGGAUGUGCUCAGGAACCACUUAACGUUACUGGGGUUGGAGGUAUUAGUUAUGGCGCAUCAAUACAUACAGUGAGUGCAACGUGCUUGGCCAAAUCCAUGGGCGUUAUCCAUAAGCCUUUAUCGCAUUUCCCCCACCAUGGGUCCCACUUCUUUGCCAUACACCAUACAUAAGCCUCUACCAUACUUCGCCCCCAACUCCUGCUAUCUAUUCACUUGCGAAACCAAUUGCCGUCCCAUCCAUACUAUGGGUAAAUCCCAUCCAAACCCCAGAAAUUCCCCUCCACUGGGGGGCUCGAGAACAUGGUGGGCACGUUCAGGCUCUUUGCUGGGAUGGGGUAUGCGAAGGGGAUGAGCGGUCACAUAUCUGUGCAGGUUCCGGAGGAUCUCAGUGCUUUUAAAACUAAUCUGUUGGCUACACUCUACCCGGGGUACUCGCGGCGACUUAUGAUGACUUGACUAAGGAAGCACUUUUCCAUUUCGUAAAGCUGGGGACAUGAUGCCGAUGGACGGUGCGGCGGUCGGCGGGAAUAAAGUACCGGUAAUUCAACCCCCUCCGCCCUCCCUAAUUCUAUUAUACGAAACAAACAAAUAGCUAACUGCUUGUUUCUUCUUCUUUUUUUUUUCAAAAAAAGAAAAAGCAGGAAUUAGCUAGGCAAAGAUGCCGGCCUCCCGAUCUGCUCCUCAGCGCACCGCGCAAGACCCCGAGGUCUAUACGGCCCGCCGCACCCAGUCGGCAUUCGGUCGUCCAUUGGAAGUGCUAAACCGGGACGUGUGCAUCUUCCACAUCCCGGCGCACGUUGCCUACGACGGUAUUGGCAGCGUGGUGCGUUCGCACAACGAGGCGAUACACUCGCUGCUGACGGGACGGUAGAUGAGGCGGCGUAUUUUUCACGCUUAUAAAGAGAACUGUGGGGUUCAGU